AGUGAGCAAUCAUUGUUCAAUUAGGUUUGUGUUUUGUGAAGAAGUCGUUAGGAGAAUUGAAUAAGUUCAAUAACUGCUGCAAAAAUGCUUCGAAACUUACGUAAAAUCCCUGCUAUUACAAAUGCAUUACCUUCAGCUUACAUUCAAAGACAGACAUUUCUAACUAAUGACUAUAAAUGUACAGAAGCUUGGAAUUCACAAACUUCAACACCUAUUCUCAAUAAAGUAAAUUUGAAUGACUUUUACCAUGUUCUUGAUCAAAAUUUUUUAUCAAAAGGUGUCAUUAGUGCUUUAGAUGUAGAUAUAUUUGCAAACGCAUUGAAUGAACCAGUGUAUUUGGAAGAACUCAAAGAUCUUUUGCAUAAAUUGCGACUUUCAGCAGAAACGGGAAGCAUGUUAGAAUCUACUCAUCACGCAACAGUCAGGAAUUACAUCGAGUUUGAUCACAUAGAAGAAUUAGUAGACAUAUUGCAGGAUCCCUUAAAUUUUGGUUUGUUUCUUGAUGAUUUCACAGCCAACAUUUUACUGGAUAAAUUGAUAGUAUCAGAGAAGUAUGAAUUGGCUACUAAAGUUGCAUCCAUGAUUAUGUUGCAAGAAGAUUUUAGUAACGAUAUAACUUGUGCACUCUGUCAGUAUGCUUCUUACAAGUAUAUUACUGCUCCGAGAGCUGUUCCUAAAGGUUCUGAAACAGUAAGUGAUGCUCCUGCAUCUUCAGGAAAACCCAAAAAAGUAGAAGAAAUAAAAAUUAGAGUGAAAUUUCUUAGGAACCCUUAUUUUGAUGAUCAUUUUGACAUAAAGGAUACCCUUUUACUUUCUGGAAAAACAUUAGCCUGGAUUUCAGAAAGAUGCAACGACAAUCUUAACAAUAAUUUGCAAAUUCUGGGUUGGCUUAUGUACAAGAAAUAUGAAAAACUUUUUGCUUAUUGUGAAAAGUUUGCCAAAUCACCCUCCUUUAAAGUAUACAAUGAAGUUAUAGAACAAAUGAAAAUUGAAAGUAAUAUGAAAUCUGAGGCAACGGAAAUGCUAGGUAAAUGUAUAUCUGCAUUGGGUAAAGUUCAAACCACUGAACUUCCUCUAGAAAAAUCAUUGAUGAUAACAAUAGAAAAUGCAAUUAACAAAGUUCAGAAUAUUGAUAUAUCUAAACAAAAACAGUUAUUCAAAUCUUGGGCUCAGGUUAGAGAAGAAAAAUUGGAAGAGCAAACAAAACGUUUGGAUAGAGCAAAGAGGAUGGAGUUGAUCCAAGAGAAACAAAAGGAACUUAACAAACAAGAACAGAAAUUGUGGUUCUUUGAAAAUGAGGAUACUAUUGACUUACAGAUUGAAGAGAAGGAACAACUUGAAGACAAGUCUACUGACAAGAAAAGCACUAGCAUGAAAGCUGAUGAGGAUUAUAUUCCACCUGAAAUUCUUCCUCAGAAAAAAUAGUGCAAGUAAUACUAGUUAAUUUGAAUGUGAGGAUAUAUUUAUUUGAUACAGUUAAUAAUACAUUCUUCCCAAUUACCAAUUUUAUUUGUACAGGUCCACCAUCAUUAAUAUUUGUUGCCAAUAACAACAAUACCUUUAAAUGAGCUCAACUGAUUCUUCUUGCAUUUUAGUGAGAUCAAGUUGAAUCUUUUUUAAAGUAUCUUCAGUUCUCUUAGUCGUUUCAGCUUUUAUAUUGUCUUCUAAGUCCACAAUAUCCCUAGCUAAUGAGCCUGUGUCAUUGACAAGGGAAACUAUGGUGUUACAUUCAGAGUGUAAUAGGGCCAGUAACUUAUAUGCUUUCUUAGCUUGGUCAUCCUUCUUUGCAUCCUAGAAUUUCAAAUGCUCAAUUUACGGGUUUGCUUUUACUUACUACUAUUUAUAAUACUAUUUGUAGUGAAAAUUUACUUAACUUACUCUGAACAAGGUUUCAUCAGCAAUGGAAAAACACCUAUCCAGUUGCCCUUCCAGAGUAUUGAUUUCUUUUUGAAGCUGCCUUGUGUCUUCUAGUACCUUCUGUAUUUCAAGAUUUUGUUUAUCUACAUUACUUAUAAUUUCCAAUAUUCUUUUCGUGUAAAUAGACCUGAAAAACAUUAGCUCACCAUUUUACCGCACCGUUAUAUAAGUUCUACAAUUUAGCCCUGCACUAAACAAAUUAAUUACCUUUUGUUACCUCCUUUAAUUUUGUCAUAAUUAUUUUUCACUUGAUUUUUCAUUUCUUCUUUCUUCUCACAUUCCUCUUUCAUUGAUUUGGCAGUUUCUUUUAAAGCAGUCAAUGUUUUUUUGCAUUUGGUUCUUUCAGACUGAAAAUACGCGUUUUAUAUUUCUUAGAGCCUAUGCACACGUACAUGCGCGACUCACGAACGCGUGUUUACGGUGCGCUGUAGUGAAUCGAUUCAAACUCCACUAGAGUUUACACUAAGAAUUUAAUUUAGUUGUUUCAUUUCAGAAAUGAACCUAAAUUUACAAGCAAAAGUAAAAUUAAAACUAUCUCUUAUCAAAACACGUGUUCAUGCGCGUGACUGCAGCGCGUUGCAGAGCGUACGGCC